AUGAUUGGAUGUAGGCAAAUAUCUGGUGAAAGUGCGAAAGUACCUACAGCAACAACCGAAGAGUGGAAACAUCGGCUUUUAACAAUUAUUGAUGAAUAUGAUGAAAAUGAUAUUUACAAUGCAGAUAAAACAGCACUGUUGUUUAAAGCUAUUCCUGAUCGAUCACUGGUUCUUCACAAGGAAGGCUGUAAGGGUGGCAAACGUUCCAAAGAACCCUUUACUGUGUUACUUUGCUAUAAUUGGAGUGGCUCUGAUAAUUUGAAACCAUUAGUUAUUGGCAAGUCAUUAUGGAUAACUCUCUAA